ACAGGCCAACGUGGGUCCCAUCCCUUAAUUCUGCCCCUGAAAUCAGGUAGACCACAAUGUGUCCCUAACACAGAUUGUCACUGGGAAACCAACACCGUGCCCCAGUGUUGGAGGUGAAACAGGAGCUCCAGAUUAAGGUAAUCCAUGUUGCAGAAUGAAAUAGGGUGUUUUACUUGGCAGGGGAAAAAAAAGUACAUCUGGUCUAAGUGGAGGUAAACAAGACCUCAGAGUCCUUUUCUCUGGGUAAAGCCACUUCCCCAAGAAGGUGUGUUUGGGCAAUGACAGAAGGGCUAUAAAAGCCCCCAAGAUGCUCAUACCCACAGGUGAAUCUGGAGAUGGCCGUGCAGAGUUUGCUGCAGUUCCUGGGCUCCAGCUCGUUGCUCUGCUUGGCAGCAGGGCUGCUGGCUCUGCUCUACUUUCUUACCAGCUCCAAGAAGCCGGUUUGCAGUUUGCCUCCUGGGCCACGACCUCUUCCUCUCAUCGGAAACCUGAACGUAGUGGACCUGAAAAAGCCGUUCCAGUCGCUGACAGAGCUCUCCAAGGUGUACGGCAACGUCUUCACUGUGCAUUUCGGACCCAGGAGAGCCGUGGUACUGGCUGGAUACGAAACCAUCAAGGAUGCCCUUCUGAAUCAUGCUGAAGAGUUUGGAGAGAGGGCAGAAAUACCAAUAUUUAGGAAAAUGACAGAAGGAAAUGGUAAGUGGCCUUUUGGUUGGUUAGUUUUUGUAGUUUGCCUGGGCAUAGCAUUCAGCCACGGAGAGCUUUGGAAAACCAUGAGAAGAUUCACGUUGUCCACACUGCGAGACUUUGGAAUGGGGAAGAGAACCCUAGAGAUCCGAAUCCUGGAGGAAGUGAAUUCUCUUAUAAAAUAUUUCGAAUCCUACCACGGUGAGUGCCAAGACUUUCAUCCAGAGACAGAAGACAUGCCUAGCAGAACAAUAAAGAUUAAUGAAAGUUUAACUCUGAGCAAAUGGUUAAAGUUCAGGAAACCAUUCGAUACGAAGAUGAUACUCAACAACGCUGUGUCCAACGUCAUCUGCUCUAUACUGUUUGGAGAGAGGUUUGAGUAUGACGAUCCUGUAUUUCUAACUUUGCUGAAGCUGAUCAAUGAAAAUACCAAGCUGUUGGGCUCCCCGAUGGUGCUGCUGUAUAAUUUCUACCCGUCCCUUGGAUUUCUCUCUGGAGCUUCCAAGACCGUGCUACGAAAUGUCAGUGAGCUGAACGCUUUUCUCCAGAAGCUCUUCCAGGAGCAUAAAGAAGAGUUUAACGAAAAUAACUUAACGGGCUUCGUUGAUGCCUUCCUGAUGAAGCAACAACAGGAAUCAAAGAAACCCCACACCAUGUUCAACAACAAAAGCCUGAUGUUUUCAACUCUGGAUCUCUUUGCCGCUGGGACUGAGACCACCUCCACGACCGUGCGCUGGGGUCUUCUUCUGAUGAUGAAAUACCCAGAAAUUCAAAGAAAAAUUCAGGAAGAAAUGAACCACGUCAUUGAACCAGGAAAGCUGCCUAAGUUGGAGGACCGGAAAAAAAUGCCUUACACAGAAGCAGUGAUACAUGAAAUACAAAGGUUUGCCAAUAUUGUCCCAAUGGGUGUAUCACGAUCAACUCCUACCGACGUGAACUUCCAAGGCUACGUGAUUCCUAAGGGUACAGAGAUCAUUCCCCUGCUGACCUCCGCUCUCAAUGACGAGUUACACUGGAAAACCCCGGAUCGGUUCAACCCUUCCCACUUCCUGGAUGCCGACGGGAACUUCAUUAGGAGAGAGGCAUUUAUUCCAUUCUCCAUAGGACGAAGGGCUUGCCUUGGAGAAGGACUGGCCAAAAUGGAGCUGUUCCUCUUCUUCACGGGCUUGCUCCGCAAAUUUGUUUUCCAGCCCCCUCCAGGAGUGGAUAAAUCAGAUCUAGAUCUCACCGCCGACGUCGGCUUCACCUUGAACCCCAUGCCCCACCUGGUUUGUGCUGUGCCCUGUGAAUGA